AUGUGGAGAAACAUGAAAACAUUUAAUGAGUGAAACAUGAAAACAUUUAAUGAGUGCAAUCAUGGAGUAUGAUUUUAAUGAAACAUGGAGGGAGAACCCACGAACUACAAAACUGCUGCAGCAGCUUCAAAAGGCAUUUACAGUUGUGAAAACAAAUUUAAAAGUGUGGAAUGAAGCAAUACAAGGUUCCCAGCAUCAGUUGAACAGUGUGAGGAACCUGUCAGAGCAGCGCCACUGCUGUGUGCAAGCUCAGGGAUUGCAAGAAAUUACUCAGAAAUUCCCAAAUGUGAAAGAAAAACUUAUGUUCAAAAUAGACAAAGAAAUCGACAACCAUAUGACUCAUCUUUUUUCUGUUGUUGACAUCUGUAAAGAGGUUUGUGAUAAGGUAGUGAAACAGAACGAGAGAUGUCAGACCCUGUACAACACAGUUUGUGAGGACUUGAAUCUGAUAACUAAGAGGUCCCCAACAUGUCCAUCUGUUAUUGAAAUGAUGGAGUGGUUACAAGACAUAGAAUGCUUAAUGAUGAAGCAACAUUCUGUAAGAAAGCACCUACUUGACAAGCUUUCCAUUGCUGUAAAGGACCAGGAUUCUGUUCUGUAUAAGCAGUGGGAGAAUGAGGACACUGGGCUUCAUCAGACCGUGAAUGGUUAUUUAUCUUUCUUGGAAUUCUUUUUGGAUAUGAAGAUUGUGACCUGAUUUCAGAGAAUCUCCAGCCAUAUAAAGACUGUACAUUCCAGUGGUCAUACUGUUCAAUUAAAGGCCCAAGCUGGAUAUUAGGGAUAUCUGUUGCAUACCUGUGUUCACUCAGACUUUAUACAUGUAUGAGAACUAUUCAAAAUGCACGAGCUUACAAAUAUCUUUGUGGAGCACAUGGCUCAGUGGUCAUAGGUGUUAGAAUAGUAACCCAAAGGUUGCUAGUUUGAGCCCAUUUGCAGUCAUAUGAUGUUGUGUAUUGUGUCUAUAGACAAGGCACUUUAUAUAUUUAUCUUAGACGACCCAGCUGCAAUUAGGUACCACCUUAUGAUGGGGGUUAACCUAUGAUGGACUGGCUUAAGGAUCGUUUCAUGAUCCUUGGGCCUGGCCCCGGGGCCAUACAACUUAGAUGAGCUCACUUUUGAUCUCAGUCUCACUUUUCCACAAGGAAUGUAUAGUAGAAAAGUGAGACUUAGAUCAAAAGUGAGCUUGUUUAAGUUUUAUGGCCCCAGGGCCUGGUGUCUCAUCCAGGGGUAGUCAACAACACUCAUUCACUAAGCACCACAGAAACCAGAGAUACACAGAUCCUUUGUGUGUAAUUGGUUAGAGAAAGGUUUUGCAAAUUCAUGCAUCUUUAAAAUUGCAGAAGUAGUAAUUAAAGGCAAAGAAUCUCAAUAUGCGCAGAUUUUAAUACUUAAAAACAUCUCAAAAAGUCAUAACAUACAUUGAAUGUAUAGUCAAUACACAAAACAUGAAUUGUGAGAUUUGGUACAUGUCUAUAUCGUAAUUGUAACAUAAAUUGUGACAUUUUUGUUAGAAAGUUAUCCGAUAUGAUAAAUAUACAGAUAAUU